AUGACCACCCAGAGCCUGGCACCGCGAGUCGUCGGCGCAAAUGUCAGACGAAGGAUGGCCGGCGCGCAUGUGUGCACUGCGAGGAGAGAGGCAUACCAUGUGUCCAAGGCCCGCCAGAGGCGCUACUAUGACCAGCGUGCUCACAACGCAGCCAAAGGACUCGCUAGUGCCAGGACGAGUGCCUUUAGCCACGGCUCUCAACUUCUGGCGCAGAUGAUCAAGGUCAAUAGGAUCCUGCUGGAAAUCAACAACUUCAACCAGCGAUGCGUCACCGAGAACCCGACCUGGGAGACUUUAAGCCACGGUGUCGACGUGCUGACGGCGCGGCUGGAUGACUGGGUUGCUAAUCUACCGCCGAAUAUGCACGAUACGCCCGAGAACUUUGCCUGGUUCGCGUCGAGGGGCCUCGGACGAAUAUUUGCGGCGGUGUACCUCGGCUACUAUCACUUCGGGCAGCUGCUGUACUACCAGUUCCUGCACGGCGCAGCCAUCGACGCGCCACUAUCACCAGAAGAUUCCAGGGGCACCAUGGCGACAGAGUCGCCGUCGGCGAUGCGGCGGCAAGAAUAUGCGCAGAGAACCAAGGAGCAUGCGGGCCGGUUAUGCGAAAUGGUGUAUCGGUCACAGGCAACCGCGGGGGCUGAUGUCCGCUAUACGAUGACCUCGCACGUCUUGGUUAUUGCAUCCACGGUGCAGAUUCACACUCUUCUGUUCAGUGGCGAUGAAGAUGACAUCGGCGUGGCUCGAUCGAGGCUGGAACGAAACUUUGAGCUCUUGCUGCGACUACAGUGCUACUGGCCGACAGUCGAUCGCGCCAUCAGUCGUCUGAGGGCCUUCCAUGCGACGGCUCGUACAAGUGUGGAUUCGAGCUUCGUCUUGGAUCGGUGGAUGCUACGCUUCAUGGUUGAGUUUGCCGAGAGCAUGGAGGAGAAGGAGGCGGAAGCAUGGCGCGGCGGCAGCGAGGAGAUGGAGGCGCUCUGGAACCGGCAAUAA